UCAAGUCUUCAGGGAGAGAACAAAUGAUAUUUAUAUUGAUUGGAAUAACACUGUGCUUUGUGGUAACUGUAAUCUAUCUCAUUAAACCAUCAAUAGUCGUGUGUACACUUCAGAGGGCUGGACUGUGGUUCUGUUUCUCAAUAAUCCUAAGUGCACUGCUCGUGAAACUAGUGAGGAUAUCUCGUAUAUUUAUGCAGAAAACAGUGACUAAGAGACCAAAGUUUAUUUCUCCCAAAUAUCAAAUAUUAUUCACAUUUAUACUGGUGGGUAUACAGAUGAUCCUGGUGCUGAUAUCAUUGGUUGCCUCUUAUCCAAAAGUCAAGAAGAGUAUUGUAAAUAACGAAGAGAAUCAAAACGACUUUCCAUCACUUGUAAUCCAGUGCAAUAGUCCCCAUACAGCAAUGAUUGCUAUCCUCAUGGUCUAUUACAGUAUUCUCCUUAUUGCUAGCAAUGCACUUGCCAUCUUAACAAUAAGAUUCCCACAAAACUUUAACGAAUCGAAAUACGUUGCAUUUUCCACGUUUUCUCUUGGUCUAAUGUGGAUAGCAUUUAUCUUUACUUAUCUUAAUACAGCUGACAAGUUUCAAACUGCUGUGGUAUCAUUCACCAUUCAGAUGAGUGCCAUGGCAGUGUUGCUGUGCUUGUUUGCCCCUCGUGUCUUCAUUGUAUUGUUCCUGUCCAAGCAUAAAGUGUAUGAUACUGAUAAUAGAAAAAAUGCUAUGACUGGAGAAGACUGCAAGAUAAAACCAAAAGUUUUAAUUUCUUCUUCAACACAAGAAACAGUUACUACUGAUUUUAAAAAUAACUAAACAAAGUUAGCUGAGGGGAUAAUUUAUACGUAAUACUGCUAUUAAUUAGUGCUGCUUACUAUAAUUAUUUGUAGUGUUGCUUAUAGUGUUAGU